AUGUCAAAGGAGGGGGUUACUGACCCUUUUACCUCUUCCUAUCACCUCCUCCUUUACCCAAGUUUCGAUCUGAUCACCCAGUUCCAGCUGGACGUGGUUCCCCUGAAAGGAGUGAGGAAGGUGGAUGGCUCCACGCCCCUCCAGGUGGCCUACCGUCUCGACAGGGAGGCCAACUUUCAAAUUCCAACCAUGCUUAACUUUCCUCGGGGCUUCCCAGAUGAGUACUCCUUCAUGACAACCUUUCGUAUGAUCAAAAACACGGUGGGCAAGGUUUGGAACGUGUGGCAAAUAGUGGAUGAAGAGGGCUACAAGCAGGCUGGACUCAGGCUGAAUGGCGACCAGCAGGCUCUGGAGUAUUUCCUAAUGGGUGCAGAUGGAAACCUCCAGACCGUCACCUUCCCUGGACUAUCUGUGCUCUUCAACACCAAGUGGCACAAGGUGAUGAUCGGCGUCGAGCGUGACCAGGUCACUUUGUACGUGGACUGCCAGCCUGUAGAUCAGAAGCCGAUUAAGGGGAAAGGGCCAAUCAACACACAAGGAGACACCCUCAUCGGCAGGCUGGAUGCCGAUCCCGAUGCCUCUGUGGUGUUUGAGCUCCAGUGGAUGUUAAUUCACUGCGAUCCAAAGAGAGCCCAGAGAGAGAGCUGCAAUGAGCUUCCUGCCACCGAGAUGUUUGCCAAUGCUGAGCCUGACAAAUCUCUUCAAGGUCCCCCAGGUCCCCCUGGCCCUGAGGGCCCUCGAGGCGUACCAGGAGAAAGUGGCAGAGAUGGAAGAGAUGGUUUUCCAGGAACUCCAGGGAUUCCAGGUGCUCCUGGCAGCAAAGGGGAGAAGGGGGAGAUUGGUCUUCCUGGACAGAGAGGCCUCUCUGGUCUUCCAGGAUCUUCUGGUCCCAUUGGUCCUAUGGGUCCCAGAGGACCUGUGGGAGAAAGAGGUCUGCCUGGCUUUCCUGGACCCCCAGGCCCCCCUGGUCCAGCAAGUGAAGGACCUGCUGGUCCUCCAGGGAAGCCAGGAACGCCAGGGGACGAAGGAAACAUCGGACCUGAGGGUCCACCUGGACCUAGAGGGGGGGUUGGUGUUCCAGGGCCUCCUGGCCCACCAGGUCCACCAGGACCUGUGGGACCGCCUGGUGCCAACACUGAAGGAAGUGGGGAAUCUUGUCCUGCCGCCUGUCCUGCUGGACCUCAGGGACUGCAUGGGCUGCCAGGGAUGAAGGGUCACAAAGGACUGCCUGGAGAGCCUGGAAAAGAUGGAGAGCCUGGAGAAAAGGGGGAAGUUGGCGAGACAGGUCCUCAGGGUCCACCAGGUCGCAUGGGGGACGAUGGGCAAAGAGGACCAAUCGGAUUCCCAGGGACCCCAGGAGAGAAAGGAGACCGAGGCGCUCCUGGUUACAACGGUGUCCCAGGUCCAACUGGUCCACCCGGAGCUCCUGGUGUGGAGGGAGCCAGAGGACGCGAGGGGUUGCCAGGGGAGAAGGGCGAUGAUGGAGCUAUGGGACCACAAGGAAAGCCGGGUGUUAAAGGAGAAAAAGGAGAAGUCGGUGAGCCUGGCAAGGAUGGACUGGAUGGGCUUCCUGGAUCUGAUGGUAUCAAGGGGGAGCCUGGUGCAGCAGGCGCUGUUGGAGUUAGAGGGAUAGUUGGUAUUCCAGGUCUGCCAGGAAAGCAGGGAGUAGCUGGUCCUCCUGGGGAAAAGGGUGAGACUGGUUCAGAAGGACCAAUGGGACCGGUUGGGCUUCCUGGAAAAACUGGGCAGCCUGGAAAUGAUGGGGAGGAUGGAAAACCGGGAGAAAAAGGACCCACUGGUGCAACAGGAAAACAAGGACCAAUGGGGCCUGUUGGUCCAAAGGGAAUCCAGGGUGACAAAGGAGAUAAAGGAGCUACUGGGCCCAAAGGAUUGAAAGGUCAUACAGGCCAUAAAGGCGAUCAGGGACCAACUGGGCCUGUAGGACCAAAAGGAAGUCAGGGAGAUCCAGGCCUGACAGGAGACCCUGGUGUCAAAGGAGAUCAGGGCCCUCCUGGUGUGUCUGGCAUCAAAGGAGAGCGUGGAGAAAAAGGUCAAAGAGGAUCUACAGGAGCUGAAGGGAGACCAGGUCAGCCAGGACACGCAGGAGCAACGGGUCCCAUGGGAGCACGAGGGUUGGAGGGAGAUCCAGGCAUCCCUGGACCACCAGGUCCUAGAGGUCUACCUGGCCCAAAAGUGAAUGAUGAAAAGCUUCGAGAAAUGUGCUCCGCGGUUGUUGAAGAACAAUUGGAGGAAUUUAUGAAAGAAUUCUUGAAGAGACCAGCAGCCAUAGGUGCUCCUGGUACACCCGGACCAGCAGGACCUCCAGGACCUCCUGGACCAGCUGGAGAAACAGGAGCAGUGGGCAUUCCAGGUCCAAUGGGUCCCAAAGGCCACCCAGGCUUUUAUGGGCUUCCAGGUGCGCCUGGACAAAAAGGUGAAGCCGGGCAAAAGGGAGACAAAGGAGACAAGGGAGAGGAUGGUGUAGGGACCAAAGGAAGUCCAGGGGCACCAGGUGUACCAGGUGCUCCAGGUCUUCCUGGUGUCGGCAGAGAUGGCAAAAAUGGAGAGCGCGGUGAAACAGGAAGUCCAGGCAUUCCAGGACCUGCUGGUCAAAGAGGACCCUCUGGACCACCUGGUCUCUGUGACCCAUCUACUUGUAUAAACAGACUUCCACACCUCUAUAUGGUCAGUGGAAAGAAAUCCUCCUCGUACAAAAACCCAUGAGACAUCCAAAGGUCAAUGACAAUCGCCAGACCUCAUCCACCCAGCGUGACCAUGUUUCAGGGCUCUUCAUUAACCCGAACAUGGUGCUUUUUUUUGGAGGAGUCUCCAUCGACACCACAAAUCAAAGACACUCAGUGAGAAACACAGAUGGGAAACAACUGCACAAAACUGUAAAGACAUUUUAACUUUAAAGUUUUUAGAGGGAAUUUCCCCAUUGGGGAGAAAACACUUGUUGCUGCGCAGCCUCUGGUCCUUUAGCCCCAUAACCUGAUAAGAAAUAAUAUCCCUUCCACUUGG